GGGUAGCCUUCGCCGUCGCCGCGCGCAGCCCUCUCUUUCGGCGAUCAGACGAAGGGGUCUCUCUGUUACUGUCUGGUAGAACUUACGGUCAACUAUUUACUCACCCGGAACACCUCGCCAUGGCUGUCGGUGACCUGAAGACUGAUAAGGGUAUUGAGGACCUCAACACUUACCUCUCUGACCGCAGUUAUAUCGAAGGGUGGCAACCAACUCAAGCCGAUGUUGCAGUACUUGAGGCACUGGGGAAAGCACCGACAUCUUCGAAUCCUCAUGUACUCCGUUGGUACAACCACAUAAACUCAUAUGAUUUGAAAUCACUUCCUGGAGAAAAGAAAACACCUGCCAUUCUCAGUGCUGGUGCCCCAGCUUCCUCCACAGGAAAGCCAAACGACGAUGAUGACGACUUAGAUCUAUUUGGUUCGGAUGAGGAAGAGGAUGCAGAAGCUGCAAAAAUCAGGGAAGAAAGGUUAAAGGCGUAUACGGAGAAAAAAUCAAAAAAACCCACAGUUAUUGCCAAAUCGAGUAUUGUUCUGGACGUGAAGAGUUGGGGAGAUGAAACCGAUAUGAAAGAAAUGGAAAAUGCAGUGAGAUCGAUUCAAAUGGAUGGUCUGGUUUGGGGUGCAUCAAAACUUGUCCCAGUGGGCUAUGGCAUAAACAAGUUACAAAUAAUGUGUGUGAUAGAAGACGAGAAAGUAUCAGUGGAUUUGCUGAUUGAACAGAUUCAAGAAUUCGAGGAAUUAGUUCAAUCCGUAGAUAUUGCUUCGUUCAACAAGAUCUAAGGAUCAAAAACAGCUCAUACUUUUAAUAUUGAAUUAAUAAAUAUUAAUUGUUUGUAUA